AGUAUGGCUGGCGGUGGUGACCUUAGUGCAAUUACAAAAACCGGUGAACAUGCGGUGAGAAGGCCACGAGGGCGACCCGCCGGGUCAAAAAACAAGCCGAAACCGCCCAUCAUCAUAACACGAGACAGUGCUAACACGUUGCGGGCCCAUGCCAUGGAGGUGAGCCCGGGGUGUGAUGUUGUUGAAAGCUUAGCCACUUUUGCUAGGAGGAAGCAGCAAGGGAUUUGGGUGUUGAGUGCAGCUGGCUUUGUCAGCAACGUGAUGCUGAGACAACCGUCCCCAUCACCGGCUGGUCCGGGUAACGGACCAGUUGUCACUCUUCAUGGACGUUUUGAGAUUUUAUCGUUGAUUGGUUCGGUGUUGCCACCGCCAGCCCCGCCCGGUGUAGCAGGGUUGGCUAUUUACUUAGUUGGUCCGCAGGGCCAGGUGGUGGGUGGGGCCAUUGCAGGUCCACUUAUGGCAUCGGGACCGGUUGUCAUCAUGGCGGCUACUUUUAUGAAUGCAACUUUUGAUAGGUUGCCGAUGGACAAAGAGGAGGUAGUUGUUGCCCCAACUGCACACGAUCACCACCACCACCAUCGUGUUAUCGGUGUUCCCGAUGUUUAUGGGAACCCACAAAGCUUGCUUUCUAACACGGCUCUCCCUCCUCCUGAGAUUUAUACUUGGUCAACUGGUCGACCGUUGUCUAAGACAUGAGGAUAUGUUUAACUAAUUAUUAUAUAUAAAAAUUACAAAACAUUUAAAAAUUCAUAUAUAACUAAAAUUUGACAUGUUUUUUACAAAAGUAACGUUAAAUGUGGAAUUUAGUAAGGACCCAAAAAGAAAAAUCGCUUCCUUUUCCUUUAAAAAAAUAAGGGUAAACGAGCCAACAUGUAGGCAUAUGAUGAUAGUUUGAUAUAUGUAAUGGUUUUCUUAUCGUAUUGGAGCAAGUGGAAGGUGAAGGUCUUGUUUGGUUGAUCAGCCAAACUUAUAUUUAAAUCACAUACCUUUCCAUAGUGUGAGUCCAAAUUGUAAUGUUUAG